AUGAUUGAAGAGGUUAUUGACCUUGAGGAAGAAAAAGAAAUUAUACUAGAAACAUCAUAUCUAGAAACGUCGUUUUUAAACCAUCAUCUCAGCGGUUGUAGAUUUUAUAAUAAUGGGGAUUUAGUAAUAGGUGCACAAGUAUUAUUUCUUGGAGAAACCUAUUACAAAAUAUUUAUUUUCUCUUCAGAUCUUCAUAAACAAUCCUGGGGAUUUCCUUUUCGAGCCUCUCAUUUAUAUGAAAGAGAUUAUAAUAAUCGAUUUGUGUUGGGAACUUACAAAAGUCAAAAAUUUUAUGAAAAACUUGAAUUUGAGGCAAAAAUACCGAAUAUAGAAAAUUUAUAUAAGGAAAUAUGUGGAUGUAAAAAAAAUUCACCAACAAAACCUAAUCCAGAUUCGCAAGAAUCACCAUUUAUUUCUGAAACACUCAAAAGAAUCGCUAAAUUGAAUGAGGAAACAGAUAGUAAGAAAGAUACAGAUAUAAAUAAGAUACUUGAAGAAAUUCAUAAGAUAUUUAAGAAUAGAGGAUACAAUUUAUAA